AUCACUCUCCUCGAUUAUUCAACAUGUGUCCCCAACCUGAAGAAACACCUGCCACCAACGGCCACAGCAAUGGUGCUAAUGGCAGCAGCAAGGAAGGCUUCACCGGCGUCCACACCAAGCAGAACCCUCACCCAACACACAAGAGCCCAUACCAGCCUGUUGGCGACUUCUUGUCAAAUGUUGGCCGGUUCAAGAUUAUUGAGAGCACUCUAAGAGAAGGCGAGCAGUUUGCCAACGCAUACUUUGAUCUCGAAGCCAAGAUCAAGAUUGCACGGGCUCUUGACAACUUUGGUGUUGACUACAUCGAAGUAACCAGCCCCGCUGCUUCCGAGCAGUCGCGAAGGGAUUGUGAAGCUCUUUGCAAGCUUGGACUCAAGGCCAAGAUCCUCACCCACGUACGAUGCCACAUGGACGAUGCCAGGAUAGCCGUCGAGACUGGUGUUGACGGUCUCGAUGUCGUCAUUGGAACUUCAGCAUACCUCCGCGAGCACAGCCACGGCAAGGACAUGACAUACAUCAAGAACACGGCGCUGGAAGUCAUUGAGUUUGUCAAGAGCAAGGGCAAGGAGAUCCGCUUCAGCUCUGAGGAUUCAUUCCGAUCAGACUUGGUAGAUCUUCUGUCCAUCUAUAGCGCUGUCGACAAGGUUGGCGUUGACCGCGUUGGUAUUGCUGAUACCGUUGGUUGCGCAUCUCCCCGCCAAGUUUAUGACUUGGUACGAACUCUGCGAGGUGUCGUUUCGUGCGACAUUGAGACACAUUUCCACAACGACUCUGGCUGUGCUAUUGCCAACGCCUUCUGCGCGUUGGAGGCAGGUGCUACUCACAUCGAUACCUCUGUACUAGGUAUCGGUGAGCGUAACGGUAUCACCCCACUCGGAGGCUUGAUGGCUCGCAUGAUCGUUGCAGACCGCGAAUAUGUUACCAGCAAGUACAACAUCAAGGCGCUCAAGGAGGUCGAGGACCUGGUCGCCGAUCUUGUGGAGGUUAACAUUCCUUUCAACAACUACAUCACUGGAUUCUGCGCCUUCACGCACAAGGCUGGUAUCCACGCCAAGGCCAUCCUGAACAACCCUUCGACGUACGAGAUUAUCAACCCUCAAGAUUUCGGCAUGUCGCGAUAUGUGCACUUUGCUAGCAGGCUUACUGGCUGGAACGCGAUCAAGAGCCGUGCCGAACAACUUGGACUGAAGAUGACAGAUGCGCAAUACAAGGAGUGCACGGCCAAGAUCAAGGCUAUUGCAGACAUUCGCAAGAUCGCCCUCGAUGACACCGACUCCAUCAUCCGUACCUACCACAACAACCUCCACGCCAAGGAGGAGGUGCCUCUUCUCCCAGGCAUGACCGAGGAAGAGAAGAAGAAGUUUGCUGAAGCCGAGGCUGAACUGAACGGUGUGCCCGAGAAGCGCGAGCUCGAUGCAACGGCUGAUGCACAGGCCGAAAUCCCACUGGCCAAGAAGAACAAGACUGAGACAGUGGCAUAAGCGAGAAAUGCUUUGUAAAUAUGGGGUUCUUGGAGUUGCUUUCUAUCCUUUUCUUUGGAGUUGUCGUUUCCCGGCAUAUUUGCAUGUCUUGCGGCUAGGGAAAAGUUUAUGAGUUAUUGAUACCUGAAGAUCGACGAGCCCACAGGCUUCCGGCAAACAGUAUAGAAUUUACGAGAAAUGAUUGCCAUUGAAGAUC